UCCCAUUUUAGGGCCUUGAUGUGUGUGAAGACUUAUCUCAUCUUCUACCCAAUCCCUUCAUAUUCUUCUUCUCUUCCUCUCUCUCUUAUGGAGAAGAAUAAGAACAAGAACAAUGACAGAAGGAAGAGAAAAAUGGUGGAGAAUAACAACAGCAGCAACAACAAUGAAGAUGAUGAGGAUGUUCAUAAACAACCAGAGCUUCAAGAAGAGCUGCAAGAAGAGAAUGAUGAAGAAAAGAUGGAGCAAUUCUUUGCCUUAAUAAGAAACACAAAAGACAUGAGAGAUCGACUCAAACAACAACAAAUUGAGAAGAAAAAGCAGCUUGAAGAAGAAGAAGAGGAAAGUCAUCAUCUUCUUCAAAAGGUAUCAGGUUUUAAUAAUAAUAAUAAUAAUAAUAAUAAUGUAGGAGCUCAAACAUGGAACCCCACAUUUCAAGUUGAAGACUUCAUGGAUGGUAUUGCAAAAUCUUCAAAUAGUAAUAUUAAUAUUAAUAUUUCACAAGAUGCAACACAAGAAUUGCUUCCAGUUUCUUCAACCAAAAGCCAAGAAGCAGAAGUUGCAGAAGCAGAAGCUGCAAGAGAAGGAGGUAAUACUAAUGAUCAUUUAGACUUAAACCUUUCUUUGUAAUCUUUUAUUUCCUCUUUUACUAUAAUACAGUCUUUUUAUUUCCCACUAAUGAAAUUCUAUUUUUUAUAUAA